GAAAAGGACCUGGGGAGGGGAGAAAAAGUCCGUGUUUGCCUUGCAAGAUCUCGGGGUGCGCGUUCCUGUUUUUAUCCCACCGGAGAAGCUGUGAAGCAGGGGUUUAGAUCCGCUUUGUUGGAGAACGUAGGGAUCCAUUUACACUGCCUUUACGGGGCGGGGAUGGGAGGUGACAGUGGAUACACUUCCCACGGACGUUUGAGCUAACUAGUUAAGAGCGAGGCUUGGACGAGCAGGAGGGUUACUCUAUUUGGAUAAGCAGGUCUGACAGGAAGAAGCUGCUUUUCUCCAGAUUACGCCGAGGUGACAAGUUUUGCACGGCAGGACUCCCUAUGCACACACCUAGUUUUCAUUUCCCCAGAAGCUGCCUACUGUAUUAUUGCCUUGCACAGGUUGAAGUCUCCCGGAAUACUUUGCGGCCUAAGGAUCCAGUUCAACGAGGGUGCCGUGGGACGCGUUCGUUUUGGCACUGCUCUGGAACUGUCCCUGAAUUUUUGUUGCAAAGCUGCUUGACACUUUUGUUUGCGUCAUGUGCCUAGGCUCCUUGCACUCUGAAUUUGCACUAAGGGAGUGUGCUCAAAGUUGAAAUUGCACAAAGCACGGCUCAGAUUUGCAUCAGACAGGUGCACUCGGGCCACCGUGCAUAGCUCAGAAGUGGGAAAGGUGAUGGACUCCUGAAGUGGAUGAGGUGUGCAGAGAGGGCCCCGCCCAUGCUGCCCUGCUUCCAGCUACUGCGAAUAGGGGGUGGCAGAGGCGGCGACCUCUACACUUUCCAUCCACCAAGCAGGGCUGGCUGCACUUAUCGCUUGGGCCGCAGGGCUGACCUGUGUGAUGUGGUUCUGCGGCCCCAGCGGGAGACUGGCCUCAUCUCUGGAGUCCAUGCAGAGCUGCACGCUGAGCACCAGGGUGAUAACUGGAGGGUCAGCCUGGAGGACCAUAGCAGCCAAGGAACUUUGAUCAAUAAUGUCCGACUUCCAAGGGGUCACAGGUUGGAGUUGAGUGAUGGUGACCUUCUUACAUUUGGCCCUGAAGGACCCCCAGGAACCAGUCCCUCCGAGUUCUACUUCAUGUUUCAGCAAGUCCGAGUCAAACCUCAAGAUUUUGCUGCCAUUACCAUCCCGCGGUCUAGAGAAGGCCCAGGGCCUGGUUUCCGACCCGUGCUGCCACCCCAGGGGGCCCCACAGCGCCCCCUCAGCACCCUCUCCCCUGCCCCAAAAGCCACACUGAUCCUCAACUCCAUUGGCAGCCUCAGCAAACUCCAGCCCCAGCCCCUCACCUUCUCCCUAAGUAGAGGGUUGUCACAGAGCAUGCCUGUUCCCACUGCCCCUGGAGAGGUGGGGAUCACUCCUGCGCCACCCCCAAGAAAUCGGAGGAAAUCUGCUCACCGAGUGUUAGCAGAACUGGACGAUGAGAAAGACACUCCUGAGGGGGCCCAACCAGUCCUUAUAGAGCCCAGGAAAAAACUCCAUGUAGAGAAAACCCCACUGACACACAGCGGAAAUCGACGUGGGCGUCCUCGGAAGCACCCAGUGAGCACCCCCAGGACUCCCCCUGCAGUUGGGAAUGGGGAGCCCUGUGCAGCCCCUUGUUGCUGCCUGCCCCAAGAAGAAACAGUGGCCUGGGUUCAGUGUGAUGGUUGUGACGUCUGGUUCCAUGUGGUCUGUGUUGGCUGCAGCAUCCAGGCUGCCAGGGAGGCCGACUUCCGGUGCCCAGGGUGUCAUGUAGGCAUCCAUACCUAGGGCCCACCACCAGGGCACUGAAGGACACAGCUGGCACCUCCAGGCCAUGAGUAGACACAGUGGGGUGCCAGUGGGCCCUAAGAAAUACUCCCUUCUUCCCUUGCCUCCCCAGGAGGGAAUGCCUACAACACGGGAAGGGUCUGUGCUAUGGAUAUCCAUUCAAGGCCUGAGGCAGACCCCCAUGGCCAAGGUAACAGAAGAGUCGGUUUCCUGCCAAAGAUAUUGCUGCCUCCAGGAAGUUGGAAUUGGAAAUUCAGUUACAAGCUGUAGGUCCUUGUUGCCAAGGGCACUACAAUGCCUGUGAUGAUCAGCAGCCAUCAACUGCAGAGGCCAUGCCUGGGAAGAUGUAAGCCCCAGACUUGAACAACUGAAUUCUUAAUAUUCUUGGAUGGCAUCAUCUAAGGCAUUCUGGGAAAACCUAGGAGAGAGCCCCAAAACUUCCUCCAUUGUGGGUAGUCCUGCCACUGACCAUGAUGAUCAUAACCUAGCCUUUUAGAGCUUUGCUUCCAUUUCCAAAUAAAAGAGUGAGCAGCUCCAUU